GAUAUCGUGACAGGCCCUAUCGCGACAGGCCGUGUCGCCGCUAUCGCGACAGCCGCUCCCUCUCCCUCCCUGCCCAGGCGCUGUCGCUGCUGCUGCUGCCGGGGCUGGGCCGGAGGGUGACAACCACGGCCACCGCGGCCACCAUGGAGGGGACAGCGGGGACAGCGGGGACAGCCCCGGGGACAGCGGGGGACACGUGCGGCAGCGCUGGGAACGGCACCGGGGACAGCAGCGGGGACAGCGCGGGUGACACCGGGGACGUCUCGGCCGCCUUCGUCACCUGCCCCAACCUCAGCGUGGCCACCGAGCUGGCCAGGGCUCUGGUGCAGCAGCGUUUGGCCGCCUGCGUCAACAUCGUCCCCGGAGUGACCUCGGUAUGAUCAAGACCCGCAGCUCCCGGGUGCCGGCGCUGAGCGACUUCGUCCGGU